AUGGCUGCAACGAAUGAGGUUAUUCCAACUUCCGAAAACCCUUCGGAUGUUUCAGGUAGCUCGCAAAAGCUUGCCACUGAAGAAACUGCCUUAGCUAAUGGCGUUGACCAUGAGGAGGAAGAUAGUGGGGAAGCAGGUGGCGAAGUCUUUCAAUUGACCGUGGUCCUUCCCCGCGAGCCCCAUAAAAUUCCCAUCAUCGUUUCUUCUCAAGAAGCUAUACACGAUGUCCGUCAAUCAAUAAUCGAGCUUCCCGGAACCUUCCAGUACUCAUGUUUCCAUCUCGAGCAUAAAGGGGAGAGGAUAAACGACUUCGUUCAGAUUUCCGAGGUCCCUGGAUUAACAGCAGAUUCAGAAAUCCAUUUGGUCGAAGAUCCAUAUACAGAGAAGGAAGCGAGGAUACACAUCGUUAGAGUUCGGGAGCUGAUUGGUGCGGCCGGCGAUCGUACCGAUACCUUGAAUGGUAUUAUCUCAGGAGUGUCACUGCUUGAUUCAGUUACAUCAGCAGAAUCAACACAAAAUGGAACAAGCACGGCCCCUUCACAUCCAAUGGUUGGAUUUGAUUUCCAAGCUUCCGGCACUCUCUCAACGCUCCUUCCAAAAGCACAAGAGCCAGGGCCAAAAACUAUCAAGUCAAUUUCGGUCUCACCUUGGAACCCUCCGCCCUACCAUCUUAGGCAGAAGGGACAUUUGCUCUAUCUACAGGUUACUACAAACGAGGGGGAGCAGUUCCAAAUCACAUCUCACGUAUCUGGCUUUUACGUAAAUAAAUCUUCAACGGGCAAAUUCGAUCCAUCCCCAAAAUCUGCUCCAAAAGCCCAUUCCGCGCACUCACUUUUAGCACUUCUUGGUGACUUAUCUCCAUCAUUUGAAGACUCUUUCAAGCGUCUUCAAGAGUACAACAAUACCAAGGAACCUUUGGCUACAUUCCAAAUCACGAACGCAACUCCCUCGAACCCAUGGAUUGUGCCAUCAGCCUCGGCACCCCUUGUUGCGCACCAAGCGGAUAUCACGCGCACUCAAGAAAAUUAUCUCAUUGCUGGUAUCGAGAAUAGCGAAACCUUGCGAGAUUGGAACGAAGAAUUUCAGUCUACUAGAGAGCUUCCAAAGGAAACGGUCCAGGAUCGUGUCUUCCGGGAGCGAUUAACCUCGAAGUUAUUCGCCGAUUAUAACGAUGCCGCUGCUCGUGGUGCGAUCCUAGUUGCUAGAGGUGAAAUAGCCCCUCUCAACCCAACUGAAGGCAAAGACGCUCAAAUUUUCGUUUACAAUAACGUUUUCUUCUCCUUUGGAGCAGACGGGGUGGGCACCUUUGCCUCAGAGGGUGGCGAUGAGGCCGCCAGAGCAGCGGUAGGCAAAGAUGUAAUGGGAGUUCGCAUGGUUAACCAAUUGGAUAUUGACGGCCUUUUCACACCAGGGACCGUUGUUGUUGACUACCUUGGAAAGCGUAUCGUUGGACAAAGUAUCGUGCCAGGGAUCUUCAAACAACGUGACCCAGGCGAGAACCAAAUUGAUUAUGGCGCUGUGGAUGGCAAGGACAUAGUCGCAUCAGAUGAGAAGUUUGUGUCUGUUUUUGAGAAGCUGUCCAAGGCUUUGAAAGUAAAAAAGCAUGCUGUUUGGGACAAAGAUGGAAAGCGUCAUGACCUCGAAGGAAGUAUCGAAACCAAGGGUCUUCUAGGGACUGACGGAAGAAAAUACGUUCUUGACUUGUACAGGGUUACACCAUUGGAUAUUACUUGGAUGGAGGAAGUUGGUACCGCACUUGAUAGCCCCAAGGAAGCCGAUGUAGCAAGUGAAUCUGCAUAUCCACAUCGCAUGACAGUCAUCAGACCUGAGCUAGUCGAAGCUUACUGGAAGGUCAAGAUGCGUGAAUGGGUAAACGGUGAACUGGAACGUAAGCGCCAAGCGCAGAAGACAAUUGAGCCUACUGCCGAAGAGAAGGAACCUGGAGCUGUAGCUGAGGCAUCUGAAGCAUCUAAAAGCGAUGAGCCAACCGAGAACGGCGAAUUAGCCAAAAAAGCAGACGAGUCCGACAAAGACGCCGAACCUAGCAAGCCUGCAGCCGAUCAAGAAAGAAUUGAUAUUGGUGAUUUCAAGUUUGCAUUGAAUCCGGAUGCUUUUAGUGGUCAACAGCCACAGACCGAUGAGGAAAAGGCCGAGUUUGCUGAGGAUGAACAGCAAGUGCGACUAGUCUGUGAAUUCCUUCGCAAGACUGUGUUACCCGAACUUGUCAAUGAUCUCAAGGAAGGUGAUGUUGGAUUCCCAAUGGAUGGUCAAUCUUUGAGCAGACUCCUUCAUAAACGUGGUAUUAACAUCCGAUAUCUUGGCCAAGUUGCAACUCUUGCGGAUGGAAAGAGACUCGAAUCUCUACGCAUCUUAGCAGUCCAGGAGAUGGUGUCAAGAGCAUUCAAGCAUGUCGCUGGAAACUAUCUCCGUUAUCUUCCCAUUCCUUUGACAAGCUCUUGUAUUGCUCAUCUCCUCAAUUGCUUGCUCGGCACAGACUUGAACGCAACUCCAAAACCAGACGUGGAUGAGGCCAUGGCUGCACUUUACCCUGAUGCGGAUUUGAAAUUCAAAGAAGUCUCGCCCGAAAGUCUCAAACGUGAUAUUGAGGCUCAGAUUUUACGUCGCUUCCGUUACACACUCGACUCAACUUGGACCGCGGCUAUCAAACAUUUGCAACUUCUCCGCGAAGUCUCUCUGAAGCUUGGUAUUCAAUUGGAGAUGAAACCUUACCAUUUCACAAAACAAUCGCAAACUGAAGCUGCAGCGGCUCCACCAACGACUAAUGGCGAGGCUACAAAGGAUGCGGCCCCUACUGGAAAGAGCACCAAUGGCAAAAAGAAGAAGAAGAACGCUCGUGAAGGUUCUCCUGCAUCUAUUACGUCGGUCAAUGCUUCAUCUCCCGUCACCUUCAACCCAGAUGAUAUCCUCAACACUGUACCAGUCAUCAAAGAGGCAUCUCCAAGGAGUUCGCUUGCAGAAGAAGCUUUGGAAGCUGGACGUAUCUCUCUUCUUCAAGACCAAAAGAAGCUAGGACAGGAGCUCUUGUUAGAAUCUUUGUCCUUGCAUGAACAAAUUUAUGGCAUUCUUCACCCUGAGGUGGCAAGAGUGUACAACUCCUUAUCAAUGCUCUAUUACCAACUCGACGAGAAGGAGGCUGCUAUGGAACUUGCCCGCAAGGCUGUUAUUGUUUCCGAGAGAACAUUGGGCGUUGAUAAUGCUGAGACACUUUUGAACUAUCUCAAUCUUGGACUCAUUGCACAUGCAAGUGGAGAGACGAAGUUGGCUCUUACUUACAUCAAGCACGCUUUAGAUUUAUGGAAGGUUGUCUAUGGUCCAAACCAUCCUGACUCUAUCACCACAAUUAAUAAUGCGGCUGUCAUGCUGCAACAUUUGAAGGAAUACCAUGAUUCUCGCACGUGGUUCGAGGCAUCAUUGAAAAUUUGCGAGGAGGUGUACGGAAAGCACUCCAUCAAUGCUGCAACUCUACUUUUCCAAUUGGCUCAGGCUUUGGCAUUGGAUCAAGACUCCAAGUCUGCUGUAAAUCGUAUGCGUGAGUCGUACAAUAUCUUCCUUACAGAAUUAGGUGCGGAAGACAAGAACACCAAGGAAGCGGAGAAAUGGCUUGAGCAACUCACCCAAAAUGCUGUGUCGAUUGCUAAACACGCCAAGGAUGUUCAAGCUCGAAGAAACCGGGCCGGUAUUCGAGUCUCUCCUCGUGUCACCCUCGGGCAGACUCAACUUCAGCCCCAAGUUGGUCAAACCGCCGAGGCUGCAGCUGGCCGAGACUCUCGCUCAUCUAGAGGACUCGAUUCACGAAGCAUUGAUGAGCUCCUCAAGUUCAUCGAGGGAAGCGAUCAAGCUAACAAAAACAAGAAACGACCUGGACGUAGCAAUCCAAAAAGACGAGGUGGUGCCGCUGCCGCUGCUGGCAAAUAA